GCACGACAGGUACAACACAUUCACCACACAUUCACCUCACCAGAUCUUCGUUCUAGGAACGCACAUGAAGCUUGCCAUUUCUACUCGCUCUUCAGAAAAUAGUUACAUCUCUCAUCAUGAGUAAAUCUAACACGUCAAAAAUAAAGAGUUUAUUUCAUAAAUCUAAGUCACUAGAAAAAGAAAACAACGAUGGAGAACACUCUAUGUAUUCGGAAUCAUUCAGAGAUGGGGAACCUGCCAAACCGAUCCCAAGAUCUUCGACUUCACCAUCAAGUCCAACAUUUGUUAGCCCACGGGACGCGACGCUGUCGGGUAAUAUGGAACCAACAAGCCUGAGGAAAAAGAAGGCAAAAAGAUUCCUAUCCUUCAAGUUAAAGAACCACAAAUCAAACAACUCUGCAGGAGAUGACCUUUUUUUCAACGAGGAACUUAACAGCUUCAAAACACAAAUGAGCUAUGACCAGAUGAGUGUGAUGACAGAAUGCAGCAUCAGGACUGACCUGGACGAGUUUGACCUCAGACCUGAAACUAAAUCCAUGAUGAACUUGGACAUGGCUCACUUCCGCAGCCCCAAAUCUCCCUCCAAGCCCAGAAAAAGCUCAGAUGAGAAGGGGAUGUUUUCCCGCCUGGGAAACCUCUUCAGCUCCAAGAGGAGGAAGAGCCGGAGCGGCAGAGCUUCAGAAGCCUCAGAUGAUGCUUGUCUAUCGGGCAGCAUCUCUCCUGCCUCCCCACUCUCCCCUGGUUGUCCCCAACCUCCAGACUCAGACGGGCAGAAGACCCCCACUCCUACCCAUAGAGAGAGUGACGUAGCCGGGCUGUGCAUGGCAGAGGUCCAGCCUGGGACGGGGAAAGGAGGAGUGACCAAAUACAGCCCCAGCACAACUAACCUGGCUUCUCUGCUGGUGGACGAAAGAGACCUUCCAUUCGCAGAUAGCGACAGCAGCUGCCAAGGCAGCGUGAGGGAGGUGCAGGUAUGCAAAGUGAGCCCAGUGCAGUCAAUCGGAGAGAGGAUGUCGGGGAAUGUCACACCCACUACUUUUGCCUUUCCCUUGUCUACGUCUUCGAGGGCUGAGUCACUAAUAGAGCCUGGCCUCACUGAGGCCAUUGUGGUGGAGGUGAGCAAGAGGCUGCAGAUCCAUCUGGAAGAAACCACCUUGAGGAACAAGGAGGGCGAGGGUACGAUCACCCUCAAGUCAUUCAAAAUCCCCCUUGCCAAUUCUGGUGAAACACCAAAGUCGCCUACAUUGACUUCUAAUAGCACAGAGUCUAAAAUAAGCUCUCUGAAAAUUGCUGGGAGGGGAACAGCUCAACCAAACAGUCCAGCCAGGGGAAGGAGGAGCUCUGAAACAAGAAAGGUUGUACAGUCCACAAGUAGCACGUCUGAGGAAACCAUAACCCCAAUCCAGAGCUCCUUGCCUGGGACAAUGGAGGAGGGGAGGCCGGGCUCAGAAGAGAAGCUCCAUAAAGCAGUGUGGGUGGAAACAUACCUGGGAGACGAGAAAGGGGCACAGGAGGGUAGGAGGAAAGAGAGGGAGGAGGGCCUUGGAGCAGACUCGCCUCAAACGGUAGCCACACCUGUUACAGUCAUUUCGGUACAGGACUUCGAUACCCAGGGUGCCUCAGCCAUCUCCACCCUGUCAGCAGCAGAGUCCCAUUCCAUAGAACUGUCUGUUCCCGCAGUGCCAGCUUCCACGGAUCUCCAAACAACCUCUACUCGGCAGGGAGUUUCCAAGUCACGUAUAAACUCAGAUACGAGCUCCUGUCUAGAGAAGGAGGACAGAGCUGCCACUCUAACUCAACUUUCUGACAGUGCGGUGUUCGCCAAGAAGGUUUACAUUAGCCGGGAGCCCAGUUUGGAAGGAGACGAGCAGGUGGAGAAAAAGAAGGACAAAAGCCUUGAUUGCUCUCAGAAGUUGGAGCUGGAUCUGCCAACAAACCUCAAAAGCACAAAUAACCAACCUAACCAUGACUCCAGCAGUGCAGAGAAGACAUCUGAACAUACAGACACUGAGUUAAACCUGCAUGUUCAGACUGCCAUAGCAGACAGUUCAACAAAGAGAACAAGAACAGCCUCAAAGGCCUCUGAUCUGGAUGACGCUUCAGACAUGCCAGGACAGAGGACACAGUCACAUGUUGGAGGGUCAGGGGUGAAGGGUCAGUGUGCUUCCCCUACAAAACCAGAGGCUCAAGGAGGAACAGGCAGCAAGCCAGGUGGGACAAGUGUGGUGAAAAGCAAACCUCCGCCAAAGGUCAAACUCCAAGGUCUCGUUGUAAAGACGAAGGUUGGGACUCCCAAGAAAGACGACAGCGAGACAAUAGAGGUCACGUCACCUUUGUCAGAGGAGCCAUCAGCUGUAGUCAGAAGUGAAGAAGUUGUGGUCACUAGCCCUAAGUCUAGAAUCCCCAAAAAGUCAUUCGAAAAGUCUUUAGACGAUGCAUCCAAACCAGCAACAGAACAAGAUGCAACCUCAGGGGGUGAUGUUUCAGAGUUAGCUAUUUCCAAAUCAUCAAAGCCUCCAAAACCAAAACAGUUCAUGCUGAAGAAUCCUGUAACCUCAAGCACGGUAGACCGGAAACCUAGUUUUGAACAUGUAAAGGGAGGAAGUUCAGGAGGAAAAUCCAUUCCAGUGUCUGCUCAGUCAGGUGAGGUGUCACCUUCUAAAGUAUCAAGAUCUGUCACUAAGCUCAGGAAAGAUAAAAGUGAAGAGAAUACCUCUACUGGGGAACCUAUUAAUGGAGUGGUGAUUGAUACUAAGACUGCCAACACAGAAAAUGAUAUCACAGAAAAACUGACUCCGUCAAAGGACAGUCCCGUUAAAACACAAAUACCAAAAAGCCGGUUACCCAAAGUUCAGGACCAAUCUUCAUCUUCGGUGAGGAAGACGAGUAACAGCAAACCCCAACCCAGUGACCCAGAGAGCCUGAAGACCGGUCAGACAGAGUCAGGGGUCACAGGUGUGCCCUCCACACCCACUAGUCCUAAACCACUACAGCUUCUCUCAGAGAAAAAACUGGCUGCUGAGAAAAAUCCCUAUGAGACUUCUGAGAAAACCGGAAUCAUGCAAUUCGGCCCUUUGUCAAUGAAUCUGCCCAAGCAGCCUCCCAAUAAAAGAAGUGCCAGUGAGGAGGGUGACACGCCCACCCCAGCCUCACCAACUAAAGCAGAGAAGCCCACCCCUUUGAGAGGAAAGGAACAUAGUGAUGUCACAACACCAGCUGAUGACUGCAAGGCCAAGAAGGAUGCAAUGUUGUCACCAAAACAAACUGGGAAAAGUCCUGAAAGGACAGAACAGGUGAAAGACCCAAGUGAUGUUUCGUGUUCAGUAAGCAAACUCCCUACGCUACGUCAAAAGAGCCCCACCAAAACCUUAUCCAGCACACCUCUGAAAAAAAUUCCCCAGGCUGCCACGCCCCCCACAUCUCAACAGAAAACCACCAUCUCCCAGAGUUCCUCUAACACACAGGCUGCAACUGAACCAAUUACUGAUCUACAGGAUAUAGUUAAGGACAGUGUCAGUGUUAGCAUUGAUAAAGCAUUAUCUCAGACUGAAAUUGAAUCUGUGCAGCAUGAACAGCAAAUCACAAACCCGUUACCGUUGCAAGGUAGAGUUGACCCCGCAUCAGAAAAACCUCUAGUAACUAUGAACAAUGAUUCAGGGAAGGACAAAUUAAGUAGCAAAACUGGCAUAAAAGUUGAAUUUGUUAACACUCAAGUAAAACAACAAGCUGUAAACCCUUCACACAGACCAGUCAGAAGCAUAGAACCUAAAGACCUAACAGGUCAGUCAUCAGUAACGGAAACAAAGGGUUCUAUGGACGACCAAUUCAGAAAUAAACCUGAUGCCAAAGUUGAAAUUAAUUCACAGCCUGAGCAAGUCCAAGUUGUGAAGCCAAGUGCUACACAGGUACAACAACCAAAAUCACCAGAAGAUCCUCCACAAGAAAAUGCUGAGCAUGUGAAAACUGUAUCAGAGGUGUCACAGCAGGCAGGAACUGUCGACCUGUGUUCAGUCCAACAUAACAGCCCAACUGACCCAGGUGCCAUUGUAUCAGCCUCUCACAAGGAAGUAAUAGAUACACAGGUUAAACCUCUGGUGACGGACGUAAUUCACAGUGGCAUUGAGACCCAAUGUAAUCAGAGAAAAGUAGCUUUGUCUGAGAUUUUGCCCAUCCCGAUAGAUGAGCUAAACAAGGACAAACAGUCUGUUAACAAAACAGGAAAGGACUUAAAUGAAUUUGCUGGUAGUAGCAAAGCUGACAUCAAAGGUGAAUUUGUUAACACUCAAGUAAAACAGCAUCAAACUCAAGCUGUAGACCCUUCACCCAGACCAGUCAGAAGCAUAGAACCUAAAGACCUAACAGGUCAGUCAUCAGUAACGGAAACAAAGGGUUCUAUGGACGACCAAUUCAGAAAUAAACCUGAUGCCAAAGUUGAAGUUAAUUCACAGCCUGAGCAAGUCCAGGUCGUGAAGCCAAGUGCUACACAGGUACAACAACCAAAAUCACCAGAAGAACCUCCACAAGAAAAUGCUGAGCAUGUGAAAACUGUGUCAGAGGUGUCACAGCAGGCAGGAACUGUCGACCUGUGUUCAGUCCAACAUAACAGCCCAUCUGACCCAGGCGCCAUUGUAUCAGCCUCUCACAAGGAAGUAAUAGAUACACAGGUUAAACCUCUGGUGACGGACGUAAUUCACAGUGGCAUUGAAACCCAAUGUAAUCAGAGAAAAGUAGCAUCGUCUGAGAUUUUGCCCAUCCCGAUUGAUGAGCUAAACAAGGACAAACAGCCUGCUAACAAAACAGGAAAGGACAUGAAUGAAUUUGUGGGUAGUUUAGCCAAAAAUGUUACAGAUGAUUCUCAAAUGAAAGAGAGUCAGGCACAGUCAACGACUGGUUCACAGGAGGCAUCACAGGGGUUAACUCUCUUCCCAACCCAAGAAUGCCCAAAUGUUUUGUCUGUGGAUUCUUUGGAAGUGAGUUACUCACAGAAGAAGGGAGAAAGAUUUAAGAAGAUGGACAGUAAGCCAGAGGAACCCUCAGAUGUUCCCACAGAGAACGCUAUUGUUCAUAAAUCAGUUGAGAACGAUGAUCUCCUCAACAAACAGCCUUAUUUCGCCUCAGCUGAAUCAUGUACCAGAACCGAGAAAAAGGCUAAACUACAGGACAAGACAAGUCAGGCUACAACAGAGGAGACUAAUAGUGAAGUCCCUCAAACGACAGUUAUUGCUAGUGAUACAAAACAUGAAACUGAGACGAUCAACUUGAUAGCUUACAACAAGCAAAGCACAACGACACAAGAGCACAAACAACAGAAAUUAUGUACUGAAAGUGCAGUUGAUAAGAUGGACCCAAAACCGGGAUCACAGACCUCAAAGGUCAGUAACGUUUGUGGAGAGACGAUCCUCAAUGAUCCUCCACAGCCUGCAAAGACACCUUCCAAGAUGGAAGAGUUCCUGAAACAUUCAAUGAUCCUGAAAUCAAAAUAUCCUCCUGAAACUUUGCAGCCAGGACAGGACUCCCCUUCUAGCUGGCUGGAUGUGGAGCGUGGCCCCAAACCACACGGAAAGAAGGUAGCCAAGAAGAGACUGGACUCUGCAGCCAGUGAAGAUGAAAGUCUGAAGCCAGAAAACAGGGAUGACUUCAUCAAAAGUAUCAAGGAAGGGGGGAUCCCAUUCCUUCUUCCCCCAAAGAGGGUCAAACAAGCAAAGACACACCCACCACCCUUUGUCAUGCCUGCCAUCAAAGAAGGCUGCUUUGAGAUGCCCUUCAACUCUGAGGGGUUCGAGUUCGGCCUUCGAAAAAAGAAUAAGCGCAAGGAUGACCUUUCGCCGGCUAUGGUGAUAAAGAUGCAGGGCUUAGAUCGGCAAGUGAAAACCCAGACCAAACGGUCAAGCAGAGAACAUAGUAUUCUCUACAAAGCCCUCCAGACCCGAAACCCAGGAAAAUCACUGGACCAAGGGGAAGGCAAAGAGUCAGAAAUGGAUGAGAAUGUUGUAAAGAAUAAAGAGGAAAAGGGGAAGGAAGAAGAACCUGCAAAGCUCUCCUCUCGGCUCGAGAGGAUGUCCAUUCUCUCCAGCCUCAGGAGUUCCCCCAGGACCUCAAGAAAGAACAAAGAGGUGUUAACAGACCCACGGGUUAAACCACACAACAUUCACAGUGACAUUGACGUUGCCUCAGCCUCAAACGGCCAGCUCAGCCACAGAAGCCAGGAUUUCUUUGCCCCUGGAAACCCUGUCAAAGACCUUAUUUCCCAGUCUGGAAAUGAGCCAGGCAAGGUUGGAGUGAAGAGAGUGGAUCCGAGCCUGCGUGUGGGUGUGGGUUUAAGUGACUCAAUGAACAGCUCCUCCUCACCUCCUCCUCUUCCCUCGUUCACUGAGAUAAAGCUUCCAGAUCUUGUAGGGCAAUACCUUAAGAAGGACAACGGUGUGGUGAAGGCCACAAAGAGUUCUAAGCAGAGUAUUGCAUCUAAAGAGAGGGCUAACCCUAGUGUUAUGGAGGUAGAAAAGACACAUGGACUCCAUACUGUAGAUGGGGACCUAAAGGGCCUGCCAGGAACGUCUACAGCUUCCAACCACGUCCAAAAAGCCUCACUGAAUGCACUCCCUGAAGCCAAACCUCAGAUUCCUGAAGUAAAAGGGUUCCACAAACGUCCUGGAAAGCUCGUCAUCUAUGAGAAUGCCCAGUGUGGGGGACAAGCACAUGAGCUUUACUGUGAUAUGGAGGAUGCCACCAUGAUGAAACUUUCACCCGUCUUCUCAGCCAGGGUCAUUAGAGGAUGCUGGAUCCUGUAUGAAAAGCCAGGAUUCCAGGGGCGUACCAUUGCUCUUGAAGAGGGAACCACAGAGCUAUCCAACAUAUGGGGAGAGGAGGUGGACCCCAAGGCACAGGAUGAAUUGGGCCAGCCCAUUCUAACAUUGCCCAUGGUGGUUGGUUCUAUUCGUCUGGCUGUGAGGGACUACAGUGUCCCACGGAUUGACCUGUACGCUGAGGUCAACGGAAUGGGGAGGAUGUCAUCCUACUGCGAUGACACCAUAGAGACCGGCUCAUUCGGCGUCCCACAGAACACCGGCUCCAUUAAAGUCCACUCUGGAGUCUGGCUACUAUGGAGUGAUCCUGGUUUCGGAGGUCUGGUGGCCUUGCUGGAGGUGGGAGAGUACCCCUGCCCCGAGGCCUGGGGAUUCCCACAGCCCUUCAUUGGAUCUCUUCGACCACUCAAAAUGGGUGGAUUGAAGGUGGAAAGUCCCAAUGAAGUAAAGGCCAUGGUGUACGAGAAGCCCGGGUUUGAGGGCAAGUGCCUGGAGAUCGACGGUGACGUGUAUAACCUGGGAGAGGGAGAGGAAUCAACGGAGGAAGAGGAGGAGACAGAGGGGACGUGGAAGUCACUGAGUUCCGUUGGGUCUAUCAAAAUCCUCGGUGGGCUCUGGGUGGGCUUCAACCAGCCACAGUUUGAGGGUCGUCAGUUCCUCCUGGAAGAGGGAGAGUACACAGAAUGCAGGGAGUGGGGGGGCUACGGCGACACGCUUCUAUCACUACGUCCUGUGCUCUCUAAUUUCCUGGCCCCCCAAUUGAAGCUUUUCAGUGAGAGGGACUUUAGAGAACGGGGGCUAAACGUGGACCUGCUGGGGCCUGUUUUAAACAUGGAGGACACUGGGUUUGGUACCAAGACACAGUCCAUCAAUGUGCUGGGUGGAGUAUGGGUGGCCUUUGAGAACCCGGGGUUCGCUGGGGAAGUCUACGUUCUGGAGAAGGGACUCUACGGAAGCCCGGAGGACUGGGGGGCCCGGAACCUCAGGAUCUCCUCAGUUCAACCCGUUUUCCAGGAUAACCUAGUUGGAUCAAACAAGUUUAAGGUACUGCUGUACCCGGAGCCAGGGUUCCAGGGCAAAACCCUGGUCCUGGAGGACAGUGUUGCCACCCUGGAUGAGGCAUUCUCCCCAUGCUCCUGCAGGGUGCUGGCUGGCAGCUGGGUGGCAUAUGAAGGGCCCCAGUGCACAGGUCACAUGUAUGUGCUUGAGGAGGGAGAAUACCAGACCCCAGAGGCCAUAGGCUGUCUAGGACCUGACUUCACCAUCAGCUCCAUACAGACUCUGGGACACGAGUUCUCUCUGCCCUCCAUCACCUUGUUUUGUAAGGCUGGCUGUAGGGGGCGUCGGACAGUGUUGGCAGCUGGAGUGGUGAACCUAAGGCUAGCUGGACUGGAUGGACACAUACGCUCCCUAGUGGUCGAUGGAGGAAUGUGGGUGCUGUAUGAGAAUUCAAACUAUCGCGGACGCCAAUUCCUGCUACAGCCAGGACAAAUAGGGGAUUGGUGCAAGUUCAGCAGCUGGCAGCAAAUAGGCUCCAUCCGUCCACUGUUACAGAAGCAGGUGUACUUCCGUCUGCGUAGCAGGGAGACUGGCUGCCUGAUGACCCUGUCAGGUUCCAUAGAUGACAUCAAGCUGAUGAGGGUGCAGGCUCUGGAGGAGACUGGCGGGGUGGAGCAGUUGUGGCUCUACCAGGAUGGGCUGCUGUCCUGCAAGCUGGUGGAGGACUGUUGUCUGGAAACAACAGGUAGCAUGGUGAUGGCAGGCAGCAGGCUGAAUGUGUCCCCAGAGCGGGGAAAGGAGGGUCAACUGUGGAGUGUCACUCCUGAUGGCUUAGUUCGGAAUCACCUCAAACCUGACCUAGUCCUGGAGGUUAAAGGUGGUCAACAGUAUGAUAAACAUCAAGUGAUUCUUAAUACUUUUGAUGAGAGCAAACAGAACCAACGAUGGGCCCUGGAGAUUAUAUAAUGGAGUCUCAGACAGUUUUAUUGAUGCCCUGCUGUGGACUGCUUUCUAAUGCAUCCCUGUCAUCGAACCCAGUGAUCUCUGAC